UGCCUGUCUUUCCGCGAAGUUUAUGUCAAGAUCCCAUGAAUAGUAUGGCGGUCGAAGUACCAGGAUCUGAUAAAAAUACGUGCACGUCUUCUCCAAUAACGUGAUAUGCCAUCUAUAUGAGGACAGCGCCUAUCGUCCAUGCGAGUACUUAACAUUCUUCUCUAUAAAUUGUCUGGACAGCUACUUCUCGAGGUGGUACACGGUUCAUCUGGCUUUCUGGCAUCGCUCGUCGACCCGCCGCCUGUGCUACUUAUACUCUCGACUUGCUUCUUGUCUUGAGUCUGCUUGCAAACAUACAGUCAACAUGGGUAAGAACGACGAUAUCGAUAGGCCAGUGCUACACCAUCACUCUUCUGCUGGGAGUGAGGACGACCCUCCAGAAUAUACACCUCCACUAGCCGUCGUGCGGGAUUCGGCAAGCAUCCAGACUCAAGAAGUCUAUCGUUAUGAUGAGUCUCGCAAGCUUGGAAUCACGAGCUCGGUCUUCCUUAUCCUCAACAAGAUGAUCGGAACAGGAAUUUUCUCGACGCCUUCAGGCAUCUUCGCUUUAACCGGUUCCGUUGGAAUUAGUCUAAUGCUUUGGGUGAUAGGUGGACUCCUGACAUUCUGUGGUCUCAGCGUUUUUCUCGAAUUCGGUCUCCAGAUCCCACUAUCUGGUGGCGAGAAAAACUAUCUCGAACGUGUCUAUCGGCACCCAAAGUACCUCGCGACUUGCGUAUUCCUGUCUCAGAUGAUCCUGCUCGGCUUUUCCUCCGGCAACUCGCUCGCGUUUGGUCGCUACGUUCUGUUCGCAUCAGGCAGUGAGGAGCCUGAUGGCUGGAAAGCCCGCGGUAUCGCAGUCGUGUGUGUAACCUUUGCCGUAGCUCUACACGCCACGCUUCCGAAAUGGGGCAUGAGGCUAUUUGACAUCCUUGGCGUCUUUAAAGUAGUCGUUCUCCUCCUCAUUGUCUUCUCUGGCUUCGCUGCCCUAGCAGGCCACCGGCGGAUUGAGGAUCCGCACAACUUCGACGACGCCUUCUCGAUCGACACCUCUUACGGAGGUGGUGGCGCUUGGGCAUAUGCCACUGCCCUUUUGCGUAUCGUGUACAGCUACAAGGGCUGGGAGAAUGCAAAUUACGUGCUCGGCGAGAUCAAGCAUCCGAAAAGGACCCUGGCUAUCGCCGCACCACUGGCUGUGGGAGGUGUCACCAUCCUCUAUGUCCUGGCCAACGUUGCAUACUUUGCAGCGAUCCCAAAGCGCGAUCUUGCAGAGUCGGAAGUCAUUGUUGCUGGUCUGUUCUUCCGCAACAUCUUUGGAAACAGUGCCGGCGCGCGUUCUUUGCCUGCGUUUGUGGCGCUGAGCAACUUGGGCAAUGUGCUUGCUGUGAGCUUUGCUCACUCCCGUGUCAACCAGGAGCUUGCGAAGGAAGGUUUACUUCCUUUUAGCAAGUUCUGGGCUUCCAACAGACCGUUCAAUGCUCCAGCUGCAUCGCUCUUCCUACACUGGUUCGUGACUGUCAUCGUCCUCGUCGCCCCUCCUGCCGGCCCGGCCUACAACUUUAUCACUGACCUGUACACUUACCCGGGCGCCUGGAUCAACGGCUUCGUUGCUGCCGGUCUCAUUUACCUACAAUGGCGCAAGUCCGAGAGGUGGACUUCGCCGUGGCACACAUAUCUUCCCAUCACUGUGGUAUAUCUGCUUUCCAACGUCUUCUUGGCCGUCACUCCUUUCAUCCCGCCAAAAGGAGACAUCAACGCUGACGGAUACCCAUACUAUGUGUUCCCAAUCGUGGGAGUUGGUGUUCUGCUUCUGGGUAUGACGUACUGGGGCCUUUGGAUCAAGGUGUUACCGAAGAUUGGUGGAUACAAGGUUGUUGGUGAGAGGGUAAUCUUGGAGGAUGGAGCGGAGGUUGUGAGGUAUAAGAAAGUGAGUAUCAAGAAGAAUGGUACAGGCGAGGUAGGAUCAGAAUGACGGAAUCAGUUUUUGCUAUACAAAGUAGCCACUUACAUAACUAAAAGCAUUUCUACUAUACCGGGCUCAAGGUACCAGCUGUUCUUUGGUCGGCACUUGAGCGUUGUACUAUCUUUGCUCACAGGUAGGAUCGAAACCAAUGAAUACUCUGUCAGCGAUCUUGCUCGGAUGUCGCUAUCGUACAUCCGACCACGUACACCCGACACUCUCUCUAGCAACCUUCUUCGCAGACACCAAAAUGUCCUCGUCACUUCUUCUUUUACCACUCCUUCCAAUCCCAUCCUCUGUGCACUUGCCCACAAUCCCAGCCUUCGUCUCGUUCUAUCCCAUGGUCCUCGCACAUACACAUCCCGAGAUUAGCCUCGACCUGAGCUCUCGCAGCCUUCCAUAUCAAAUUUUGAGCCAUUACAAUCCUAACAGCGC